AUCAGACCUCCCCAUUUGGGCAUGUGCCUGGGGCAAGGUAGCCCGCUGGCUCGUUUUCCGCCUUUGCCCAGACUUCUUUUGCCGUCAACCCGGUCGAAUAUAAGUUAAACCCUUGGCCUGUCCGACUUGGCUCGCACUGUGUGCGACGACGCCUCAUCUUGGUCCUCUCGUCAAACUCCUAUCCUAGAGGGAUAAUAAAGGACCCCCCAUUUUUCCAAUCGUUCUGCUAAGACUUUCAAGUCUCCAAAUCUGCAAAUCUCUCUUGGCUGAAAGCAUCUUUUCGCCCGUUUCGUGGACGCGUCGAGCUUCCAAACUCCAAUCAUGACCGACUCUGGCCCUCGUGCGCCUCACGGGCCCGAUAUGGAGACCCAUAACCCUCUCGAGAACAUGGACCUCAACGAGAAGAGUGCCUUCGACGCCCUCAUUCGUCCCGAUGACAGCUAUACCCCAGACGGCACCUACUGGGCCGACCUCCCCAUCUUCAAGCGCAUCAAGUUCGUCAAUGCCUACGACACCAAGGAAGCCAAGCGCGAGCUGGGCGGCAUCUGGGAAAUGAUGAAGCAGGACCCUCUGUCCCCCAUCUCGUACUAUUUCCGCAACAUGGUCCUCCCCGGUGCGGGUCUGGGUCUCGAAGGUUACGUGCUCUUCUCCAUCGGAAACUUAAAACCGCUGUUCGAGAAGACUUUCCCUGCGUGCUGGGAAGAUCAUGAGAUUUGCAAUAAGCAAUGGCUGAACGCCAUCGAUUACCUGGAGAUCGUCGGUAUCAUUGUGGGCCAGAUUCUGGUUGGUUUUAUUGGUGACUGGGUUGGUCGACGAUGGGGUCUCAUUCAAGACGCGGCUAUCAUGCUUCUCGGUUUGAUCAUGCUUACGGCCUCCUGGGGUCUGACCCAGAACGGCUGGGUGAUCUGCUAUGCCUGGUGUUUGUUCAUCUACGGCAUUGGUGUCGGUGGUGAAUAUCCCAUGACCGCCACCAGCGGCAUGGAAAACGCCGUUGGCUCCGGCAAGGUCUCAACCAAGGACGAUCGUCUGCAUCGUGGUCGCAAGGUCACCAGCGCCUUCCUGAUGCAGGGUUGGGGUCAGUUCUUCAACCAAGUGAUCCUGAUUAUCCUGCUGCUGUGCUUCCAUCACGGCAGUGGAAACAACCCUUACUCCGCCGUGUCGACCCAGUGGACCUACCGUGUCUCGUUCGCCAUCCCCGCGGUGGGCACGCUGUGGCUGGUCUACUACCGUAUGUACCACAUGAAGGCGGCCAGUAAGCAGCUGGCUUCGGCGAAGAAGAAGUCCAACGUCACUGGCUACGAUGUGCAGUCCCUGAAGUUGACCUUCAAGCACUUUGGCUUCCGUAUCUUCGCCACGGCCGGCGGUUGGUUCGCGAAUGAUGUCUUCUUCUACGGAAACAAGCUGUUCCAAUCCGAGUUCAUCAAGGUCAUCAGUCCGGUCUCGGAUUCCAUCAUGCCCACCUGGCUCUGGAACUUGUGCAACGUCGGAGUGUCGAUGGCCGGCUACUACCUCGCGUCGUUUAUGAUCGACAACAAGCUCUACGGUCGCAAGUGGAUGCAGAUCGUCGGCUUCCUGAUGGAUUUCAUCCUGUUCAUCAUCCCCGCGUUCAACUACGAGUACUUCACGUCGCCCGCCCACAUCAAGGGCUUCCAGGCCAUGUACUUCCUCAGUUCCUUCUUCAACCAGUUCGGCCCCAACUCCGUCACCUUCCUCGUCGCGGCCGAAGUGUUCCCCACGCCUAUCCGCGCCACCGCCCACGGUCUGUCCGCCGCCGCCGGUAAGGCCGGUGCGCUGCUGGCCUCCGUCCUCUACAACUACAUCGACACGCAGACCAAAUUCUACGUCGUGCCCUGGUUCGGCCUGGGCGGUCUGAUCCUGACCUACGUCUUCCUCCCCGACACCACCGGUCUGGACCUCAAGGAGCAGGAGCGUCGCUGGGAGUACAUCCGCCAGGGCCGCGAGGAGGACUAUCACGGCCCCGCCGUCCACUCCAAGCACCUGUCGUGGUUCGAGCGCCGCACGGGCAAGGGCAAGCACUACGACGCCGAGCUCGACUACAAGCAGAAGGUCGAGGAGUACCGCGCCGAGUGGGAGGCCGCCAUGGAGCGCAAGUUCACCGAGAAGACCAACGCCGAGCAGCUCGCCAUGGACACGGAUGACAGCCUUCUGGAAGGCCACGUCCACUCCUACUUCCACCGCACGAGCCCCAUGUUCCGCCCUAUGGAACACACGGGUAAGGGUGAUGAUUUCGCCCUGCCUCCGGCUGCCCAGGAGGGCGACUCGGAUUCUUACGACAAUGAAAAGACGGAUCGAUGAGCUGUUUUUUUUUUUUUCCUUUCUUUUUCUUAUUGUUUUGAUGCAUGUUAUAAUAAAUACCCCGUCACGAGAACCCUUUUUUAUGAGGAUGAAU